AUGGGCGACGACGACGCGGACCCGAGGGUCGCGUGGCUCGCGGACAAGGUCUGCGCGUCGUUAGGAUGCGAUGUCGAGUCGUUCACGUCGCUCAUGCGGGAGGACGCGGACGCGGAGACGAAAUCCGCCAUCGAAGCCUACCUCGCGGGCACCGCGACGAGCGAGGCGCUUCUCGUGUACGCGGAGGAGACCGCGGCGCCGUCUCCGCGGACGCCCGAUCCCGAGCCCGAGCCCGUCGCUUCCGUCGCGUCCGUCGCGGACGCGGACGCGGACGCGGGCGAGGACGCGCGCGCGGAGGGCGAGGAACCGAGCGAAGCGCCGACGCCCGCCGCUGAGGGCGCGGGGGUGGGCGAAGACGCCGCGGAGGGGGAGACCGCCGCGGCGGAGGGCGAACAGAAGGACGGCGACGACGCGGCGGCGGCGGCGCCCCCGGGCGCGGAGCCGGGCGCGACGGGGGAGGCGCCGGAGCCGGAGCCGGCCGUCGAGGACGCGCCCCCCCCUCCCCCUCCGCGGACGCCGUCCCCGCCGCCGCCGCCCGAGCCGGCGUACACGUUGGACCCGAGGGCGAUGAAACUGAAAGUCGCGCUCGGGUCGCUCCCCGAGGACGCCGCGUCGGCGCCCGCGGCGUUCUUCCUGAAGGACCACGCGGACGACGUCAUCGACUCCGCGAGCGCGCUCGACGCGGUGCAGCACGGACUGCUCUCCGAGGGGACGUCGUCGCUCGUCGCCCUGGAGCAAAUGCUCGCGCAGGUGUUCGUGCCUCUGUUUGGCGCGCAAGCUGGCGGUAUCGGCGGCGACGCGUUGGCGCAAGACAUCCUCAGGGAGCUCGGCUCGAGCACCGGGAAGUUCGGGUCGCAGGUGACGCACGCGGUGCAGCAGCUGUGCGGGGACAUCACGCUGAACGUCCCGAACGUCGCGAUCGAGUCCGUGGAGAAGGCUCUGGACGAUUACGAGGUGGUCAACGCGUUGGAAGCGGCGAUGCUCGAGUGGACGGAGGUUUUACGCGCCGCCGUCGAACGCGAGACGGAGAAGACGCCGCAGGGCCGCGGCCCGCUCGCGGAGAUCGACUACUGGCGCGAGCGCGGCGCGGCGCUGACCGGUCUGUUCGAGCAGCUGAACCUCCCCGCGGUGCGGAAGAUGAUCGAGGUGAUCGAGGCGGCGCCGAAGGACAAGGUGGUCGCGAGCGUGUUCACCGGGUUCAAGCACGAGUUCGAGGAGCUCCACAAGCUGUACUUGGAGUGCAAGGACAACGUCAAGUUUUUGACGACGUUGGAGCGGCACUUCAAGGCGAUCACGAACUACAGGCAGACCGGGGACGGGUCGCUGUCGAACGUAACGGACGUCAUCGGCCCGAUGCUCAACGCGUUGAGGAUGGUGUGGAUCAUCUCUCGGCAUUAUAGCGACGACGCGCGCAUGGGCGGACUGAUGAACCGCAUCUCGGUCGAGAUCGGGGAUAAAGUCACCGAGGACGUGUGCGUCGAGGAGAUCUUCGACAUCCCCGUGGACGAGGCGAUCGCGAAGGUGGACAACGCGAAGAGGCUGCUCGAGACGUGGAAGGAGACGUACAUGGAAGUCAGAGAGAAGAUCGAGACGAGCGGGAACGCGCGGUGGGAGUUUAACCGGAAAGAGCUGUUCGACAGGACGGACUACAUGGCGAGCAUCUGCGGCGAUCUGCGCGGGAUGCUCGAGGCCGUGGACGGGUUCCAUCACUUCCUCGGACCGCAACUGAAAGCGGUGACUGGGGAGAACGAAGCGAUCGACGUCGUGCUCUCGAGGGUGAAGGAGAUGGCGAAACCCGUCGAGGACGUCGACUUUGACGCGUUCGAUCAGAAAUACAUGAUGCGGUGGCAGACCAUCUCGAGCCAGUUCCAGUGCGAUAAGGAGGAGAUCGAGCGCAGCACGCGGUCGUUCAUCGACGAGUCGUUCAAAAACUUGCGAUCCGCGGAGAGCGCGUUCGAGCUCCUUCAAAACUUCAAGUCCAUCAAGAGCGAGGGCGGCAUCUCGAAACAGCUCCAGGACAAGUUCAACGACGUCUUGGAGCAGUUCGCGCGCGAGCUUCAAGUCACGCGCGACAUUUUCGACAAGAACCACGAGGACCCGCCCGUGUACAAGAACCAGCCCCCGGUCGCGGGCGCGAUCGCGUGGUCGCGAUCGUUAUUCUCCCGCGUGCGAAAGACGAUGACGAUGUUUGAGACGCACGCCGCCGAGGAGAUGAAAACCGAAGCUGCCGCGGCGGAGUGCCACUUCAAGUACAUGGCGAUCGCGAAGAGCGUGAUGCACUUCGAGAAGAAGCAGUACAACGGAUGGAUCGAAAACGUCGACGCCGCGGCGUUGUACCACCUGAAGCAGCCGAUCUUGUACACGGACACGAGCUGCGAGCCGGAGGAAAUCAAGGUGAACUUCCACCACGACCUCGUGAAGUUGAUUCGCGAGGCGAAGUACCUCGAUAAGAUGGGUUUCAAGAUCCCAGAGACCGCGCUGAACGUCGCGCUUCAGGACGAGAAGUACCUCAAUCAAAGGGAACAGAUGAUGGUGAUGCUGAACGCGUACAAAGCCGCGGUCACGAGCUUGACGCCGGUGGAGGCGACGGUUUUCAGCGAAAAACUGAAGAGACUGCGCGCGGUGUUGCAGCCCGGGUACUCGCCUCUGAACUGGAACUCGCUCGGCAUUCUCGAGUUUGUCGAGAAGUGCAAAGAAGCCAUCAAUGAGUUCGCGUCGCUCGUGACGCAGGUGAAGAAGAACGGCGGCGUCAUCGAGCAAGUCGCGGCGGACAUCUCCGCGGCGAGGGUGGUGUUCGACCCGCCGGUCGGCGCGGAGACCUUGGACGCGACGGAGAUGUUCGAGCACCUGGAGCGGCACCGAACCGAGGUCGUGGACGAGCUCGUCAGGAAGUACCGAACUAUCGGCCCUCUGCUGGGGAAGAUCGAGGAGGCGGUCGCGGGGACGAACACGGGCAAGUCCCCGCAGCUCGCGGAGUACUACGCGCACUGGGAGAGCGCGAUUUUCAACGCGCUGAGCGACUUGGUGAUGAACAACCUGAGGUACUUCGCGCAGAUGCUGGACCGACGCACGCGGGCGAAGACGGGCAAGCACGGCCCCGGGCCGCUGUUCAAGGUGAUCGUGAUGCUGAACGCGCCGGACAUCGUCGUCCAGCCGUCGAUAAAAGACGUCGCGAAGGCGUUGAAGACGUCAUGUCGAAACGUCCUCGAGUGCGCUGCGCCGUUCGUGAGGUGGAUGGACCGAACGUGUCUGGAGACGCCGCCGGUGAAGAAGGACGACGACGACGACGAGCCGGUGUACUUUAACUUCAUGAACGACGUCGGGCGAGACGAGGACAUCCUUCGCGUCAUGGAAUACCUGAACGACCAAGCAGAGAAGACGGUCCAGGGCGUGAGCGAGUACGUCGAGUCGUGGAACAAACACGCGUACCUUUGGAAGCUCGACAAAGAAGUCGUCGUCGCGAAGUUUGUCGAGACCGAGCCGGACUGCAUGACGUACGAGCGCGAGUUCGCGAAGUACCAGAAGAUGUCCAACGAGCUGUUCGAAGCGUCGGAGGAGCUGGAGAUUGACUACGCGCGCGUCGUCUGCCGCCCGCUCGGGAAGUCGCUCAGGGAAGAGUGCCUGUCCUGGGUGAAGGCGUUCGCUACGGAGAUGCACCGGACGGACGUCGAGAGCGUCGGCAAGAUCCGCGGCGACAUCGCGGACAAGGACAGAGGACUCAGAGCGGAGCCCGCGGACAUCAACGACCUCAUCGGCGUCCUAAGCAUCAUCGACGACGUCCGCCGAGGGCACAUGCAGAUGGAGCUCGAUUACCUCGACCUUGAAGAACGCGUCCGGACGCGGCAGCUGUACGACUUUCCCAUGGAGGAGGCGUCCGUGUCCGAUCACAACACGAUUCGCGACAUAUGGGCGACGUUGCGGAAAGACUGCGAAGAGAUGGACAACAACCUGGACGAAGUCAGGGACAAGUUCACGCUCGUGACGAUCGACAACGUGAAGGAGUUCAAAGAGAAGUGCGCGGACUUUCGAAAGCGACUCGAGGAGAGCGGCCCGGGGGUGCCCGGGACGGAGCUCGACGUGGGCGUCACCUCGCUCGCGGCGUACAACGAAGAGCUCGCGUUCAAGCUCAAGACGAGAGACGACCUCGUCAUGGCGGAGAAGCUGUUCGAGCUCGACGUGACGUCCUACCCCGAGCUCACGGAGACGGAGAACGAGCUCAAGGUGCUCGACCAGAUUUACGGUCUGUACGUCGCGCACGUGGACGGCGUCGCCGGGCUCGCCACCGCGAUGUGGAAGGAUUUGGAUUUCGCGAAGCUCGUGGACUUCGCGAAAGACUUCGCGGAGAGGCUCGAGGCGAUGCUGGGGACGGACUUGGAGAGGUCGCCGAUAUUCGCGCUCGUGUCCGAGGUCAUCGAGUCGUUCCGCUCGACGCUGCCCGCGAUCGAGUCGCUGAAGUCGGAGUCGAUGCGCGAGAGACACUGGGAGCAACUCCAGUCGGUCACCGCCACGAGCGUGAACACGGAUCCGAACGUGUUCACGCUCGGGAUGCUAUUGGGGAUGAAAAUUCACCUGUACUCGAGCGGCAUCUUAGACAUGUGCACCGCCGCGGAGAAGGAGGUGAAGAUCGAGGCCGACAUCGUGAAGCUCGCGGACGUGUGGAAGCACCAAAAGUUCGAACUCUUGAAGUACGUCAAAGGCGAGGAAGACCGCGGCUUCACCCUGCGCAGCACGGACGAGGUCACCGUCACGCUGGACGACAUGGCGCUCACGCUGCAGUCGAUGAUGUCGUCGCGGUACGCGAAGCCUUUCAUCGACGACGUCCGCGCGUGGGAGGCGAAGCUCAGCCUCAUCUCUGAAGUCAUCGAGGUGUGGAACGAAGUCCAGCGGAAGUGGAUGUACUUGGAGAGCAUCUUCAUCGGGUCGGACGACAUCCGACACCAGCUCCCGGAGGAGGCGAAACGAUUCGAUCGCAUCGAGAAGCACUGGCAGAUGCUCAUGGCGGACACGAACAAGAACAGCAACAUCUUAGACGCGUGUUCGGUGAAGGACCGCCUUCCGUUCCUGCAAGAGCUUCACGAGCAGCUCGAGUUGUGCCAGAAGUCGCUGUCCGAGUACCUCGACACGAAGCGCAACGCGUUCCCGCGGUUUUUCUUCAUCUCCGACGACGAGCUGCUGUCCGUGCUCGGCACGUCGGACCCGACGUCCGUGCAAGAGCACAUGCUCAAGCUGUACGAUAACUGCGCGGCGUUGAAGUUUGGAAGAGGGAACAAGUCCGUCACCGGGAUGAUCAGCGCGGAGGGCGAGUCGUUUGAUUUCCGCGCCGCGUGCACCACCGAGGGCGCCGUCGAGGUUUGGAUGCUGGGCGUCGAGACGGAGAUGCGGAAGACGUUGCGGCAGAUCGGCAAAGAGGGCGUGUUCUUCUACGCGAAGCAAGCGCGGAGCCAGUGGAUCUUAGAUCAGAUCGGGAUGAUCACCCUCGUCGGGUCGCAAAUUUGGUGGACCUGGGAGGUGGAGGACGUGUUCGCGCGCGUGCGGAACGGCGAGAAGAUGGCGAUGAAGGACUUCAGCACGAAACUCACCGGGCAGCUCUUGGAGCUCACGACGAUGGUCCGCGGCGAUCUGAGCAACCUCAACCGGAAGAAGAUCAACUCGCUGAUCAUCAUCGACGUCCACGCGAGAGACAUCAUCGACACGUUCGUUCGCGAUUCCGUGCUCGACAGCCGAGAGUUCGCGUGGGAGUCGCAGCUUCGAUUCGCGUGGGAGAAGUCUCGAGACGACAUCCUCAUCCGCCAGUGCACGGGUACCUUCAACUUUGGGUACGAGUACAUGGGUCUGAACGGCCGCCUCGUCAUCACCGCGCUGACGGAUCGGUGUUACAUGACGAUCACGACGGCGCUGACGUACAUGCUCGGCGCCGCGCCCGCGGGCCCCGCGGGCACGGGUAAGACGGAGACGACGAAGGAUCUCGCCAAGUCCAUGUCGCUCCUCUGCGUCGUCUUCAACUGCGGCGAAGGUUUAGAUUACAAAGCGAUGGGGAUGAUUUUCAGCGGUCUCGUGCAGACCGGCGCGUGGGGCUGCUUCGACGAGUUCAACCGCAUCACCGUCGAGGUGCUCUCGGUGAUUUCCUCGCAGGUGAAGUGCAUCCAAGAAGCGCUCAAGAACAACCUCGAGAGAUUCCAGUUCGAAGGAAAGGAGAUCGCGCUCAAGUCCACGACGGGCAUCUUCAUCACGAUGAACCCCGGUUACGCCGGACGCGCGGAGCUGCCGGAUAACCUCAAGGCGUUGUUCCGCCCGGUGACGAUGAUCGUCCCGGACCUCCAACAAAUUUGCGAGAUCAUGCUCUUCUCCGAGGGUUUCAACACCGCGAAGAUGCUCGCGAAGAAGAUGACCGUGCUGUACAAGCUCGCGAAGGAGCAGCUCUCGAAGCAGUACCACUACGACUUUGGCCUGCGCGCGCUCAAGUCCGUGCUCGUCAUGGCCGGCGCCCUGAAGCGCGGCUCGCCCGAUCUCAGCGAAGACAUCGUUCUCAUGCGCGCGCUUCGCGAUAUGAACCUCCCGAAGUUUGUCUUCGACGACGUUCCGCUGUUCUUAGGCCUCAUCAACGACUUGUUCCCUGGGUUGGACUGCCCGCGCGUGCGCUACCCCAAGUUCAACGACGUCGUCGAGAACGACCUCGCGGUGCAAGGGUACAAGGUCAUGACAAACCCGAGCGAACAGGUGGACAAGGUCAUCCAGCUGUACGAGACGAUGAUGACCAGGCACACGACGAUGGUCGUCGGGAACACCGGCGGCGGGAAGUCCGUGAUCAUCAACACCCUCGCGAGGUCGCAGACCGCGAUGGGGCGAAACACGAAGAUCCACGUCGUGAACCCGAAGGCGCAGUCCGUCGCGGAGCUCUACGGCGAGCUCGACCCGGAGACGCGCGACUGGACCGACGGCGUCUUAUCGAACAUCUUCAGGACGUUGACGAAACCGCUGCCGCCGAACACGGACGAGGCGAGGUACAUCGUCUUCGACGGCGACGUCGACGCGGUGUGGGUCGAGAACAUGAACUCGGUGAUGGACGACAACAAGCUUCUCACGCUGCCCAACGGCGAACGCAUGCGUCUCGUGGAUCACGUCAAGCUUCUGUUCGAGGUGGCGGACUUGCAGUACGCCUCCCCCGCGACGGUGUCGCGCUGUGGUAUGGUGUACGUCGACCCGAAGAACCUGAACUACGAGCCGUACAUCUGGAAGUGGCUGAACACCAGGACGAUCGAGGCUGAGAUCGACGGCGAGGUCAAGAGCGAGAAGGCGGUUCUGUCGUUGAUGUUCGAAAAGUACAUGAAGUCUUGCAUCGAGUACUGCCUCGAAGGCAUCGAAGGCGAAGUCAUCGGGAAGCCGCUCACGCAAACGAUCCCGCAGACGAACUUGAACCUCGUCCGCCAGUGCUGCAACAUGCUCGAGUGCCUUCUCACGGAAGAGCGCGCCAUCGUGGACGAGUCCGUGCUCGAGGCAACGUUCAUCUUUUGCCUGACGUGGUCCGUGGGCGCCGCGGUGGUUCAAAAACUCGGCGUGCAAGACCGCGACCGGUUCGACAAGUUCAUCAAAGCGCAGUCCGGGUACCAGUGCUUCGAAGGCGAAGGUCUCUCCGCGACGCAGCUUCCGCAGGAUUCGUUGUACGAGUACGUGUUCGACCUCGAUAAGAGGCAGUGGUUCACGUGGAAAUCGCGCGUCAAGCCGCUGGAGAUUCAAGAAGACGCGAAGUUCGCGUCCAUCGUCGUCCCGACCGUGGACACCGUGCGUUCGAGCUGGCUUCUGGAGACGUUCUGCGAGAAAGGGAAGCCCGUGUUGUUCGUCGGCGACUCCGGCACCGCGAAGACGGUGACCAUCUUGAAGUACCUCAGGGGCUUGGACCUCACGAAAAACCAGGUGCUCACGUCAAACUUUUCCAGCCGCACGACGUCGCGGGACGUUCAGCUCGGGAUCGAAGACGUCGUCGAGAAGCGGACGAAGGACACGUUCGGCCCGGCGAUGGGGAAGAAGCUAAUCUGCUACUUCGACGACCUGAACAUGCCGAAGGUGGACACCUACGGCACGCAGCAGCCCAUCGCGUUGCUCAAGACGCUGAUCGAACGCCAGGGUUUUUACGACCGCGAAAAAGAGCUCAACUGGAAGAAGAUCAAGGAUCUGUACUACGUCGCCGCGAUGGGCCCGCCCGGGGGCGCGCGCAACCCGGUGGAUCCACGAUUCGUGUCUCUGUUCAACACGUUCGAGAUUCAGUUCCCGUCGUCGGACAACCUCCGGACGAUUUACGCGGCGAUUUUAAAGUCGCACACGGUGAAGCUCAACGAGGACAUUCGCGGCGCCGCGGAAAAUCUCACGGACGUCACGCUCGAGCUGUACAACUACAUUCUCGAGAAACUUCCCGCGACGCCGAGUCGUUUCCACUACAUCUUCAACCUCAGAGACCUCUCGAGGGUGUACGAAGGCCUCUUGUGCUCGACCGAGGACAAGUUCAAGACCCCGACGCAGUUCAUCCGACUGUGGAGAAACGAAGUCUUGCGAAUCUUCCACGACAGGCUGAUUUCCGAGGAGGACAAGGCCGUCGUCCUGGACAAGAUGACCGAGCUCUUAGAGGAGCACUACCAAUCCGACGCGAACGAUGUUCUCAAGGACCCUAUCCUCUUCGGCGACUACAAGGAAGCUCCGAAAGAAGUCGCGGAGACGGGCGGCGAAGGCGACGCCACCGCUGGGGUGUUGCGCCUGUACGAAGACGUCGGCGCGUACGCGGAUAUCAAGCCCCUGUUCGAGGAGAUCAUGACGCACUACAACGGUAAGUACAAAGACAUGAACCUCGUGUUCUUCGAGGACGCGCUCGAGCACCUGACGCGCGUGCAUCGCAUCAUUCGGCUCGAUCAAGGAAACGCGCUGCUCGUCGGCGUCGGCGGGUCGGGGAAGCAGUCGCUGUCGCGACUCGCCGCGUUCACCGCCGGGUGCGAGGUGUUUGAAAUCACCCUCACGCGCGGGUACGACGAGACGAUGUUCAGAGACGACCUCAAGUCUCUGUACACGAUGAUCGGCGUGAACAAUCAGAAGGUGAUGUUCUUAUUCACGGACUCGCACGUCGCGGAUGAGGGGUUCUUGGAGCUCAUCAACAACAUGCUCACGAGCGGGAUGGUUCCCGCGUUGUACGCGGACGACGAAAAAGAAGGCGUCACCGCCGGCCUCAAAGAAGAAGUCGUCAAGAAAGGCCUCGGCGAGACGAAAGAAGCCGCGUGGAACUACUUCGUCGACCGGUGCAGGAACAACCUCCACGUCGUCCUCGGGAUGUCCCCGGUGGGAGACACGCUCCGGACGCGCUGUAGGAACUUCCCCGGGAUGGUCAACAACACCGUGAUCGAUUGGUUUCAGCCGUGGCCGGAGGACGCGCUUCGGUCGGUGUCGCAGGUGUUCUUGAAAGACCUGGACAUGCCCACGCGGUUCAGGGACACGGUCACCGAGCACAUGGUCAUGACGCACCAGUCCGUGCGGAACUACAGCGUUAAGUUCUUCGAAGAGCUUCGACGGUACAACUACGUCACGCCGAAAAACUACCUCGACUUUAUCGCCAACUACAAAAAGAGCCUCGAAGAGAACCGAGUCUUGAACCAGAACAUGACCGAACGCCUGGACGGCGGCCUCCAGAAGCUCAUCAUGGCCGGCGAGGAAGUCACGACGAUGCAAGAGACGCUGAGUAAGGCGAAAGUCGUCGUCGCGCAAAAGACGAAGGAGGUGAACGAACUUCUCGAGACGAUCGCGAAGAGCACCGCGCUCGCAGAGAAGAAAUCCGCAAACGCGGUGCAAAAGGAGGAAAAGCUCAAGAUCGAGUCCGAAGAAAUUCUGAAGAUCAAGGAAGAAGCCGAGAACGAUCUCGCGGAGGCGAUUCCCGCGCUCGAGGCUGCCGCGGACGCGCUGAAGAACCUUCGAAAGGAGGACAUCACCGAGCUGAAAUCGUUCGCGAAGCCGAACGUCUACGUCCAGAAAGUCUGCGAGUGCGUCGGGAUUUUGCAAGGCAUCAAAGACAUCUCGUGGGCGGGCGCAAAGCUCAUGAUGACGGACAAUAACUUCCUGAAGUCCUUGUUCGAGUUCGACAAGGACAAGAUCAAGGAUAAGCAGAUCAAGGCGCUCAAGGCGUACACGAGCGACGAGGCGUUCACGGUGGAGAACGUCAUGGGCAUCUCCCAAGCAGGCGGCGGUAUGCUGAGGUGGGUUUUCGCGAUGAUUAAAUACAACGCGGUGGCGCGCACGGUGGAGCCGAAGCGCAAGGCGGUCGCGAAAGCGGAGAAGUCCCUACGAGCCUCGGAGAAGGAUCUCGCGAAGAUCAAGAAGGAGGUGAAGAAGCUCAACAAAGAGCUCGCGGCGUUCAACGUCAAGAUGGAAGAGAACAUGUCCGAGCAGCAGAGGCUCAAGGACGAGGCGGAUCUCAUGCAAAAGCGCCUCGCGGCGGCGGAGAAGCUCAUCAAGGGCCUCGCGAGCGAACGCACGAGGUGGACCGCGGAUUUGGAGGAGCUCGCGAAAGUCCGCGAGCGGCUCCUCGGCGAUUGCCUCCUGACGUCUUCGUUCCUGUCCUACACCGGCGCGUUCACGUUCGACUUCCGCCAGAAGCUGACGUACGAGCUGUGGCUGUCGGACGUGCGCGACCGCGACGUCCCGGUCACGGUGCCGUUCCGGUUGGAGAAACUCCUCGCGGACGACGUCGUGACCGGUCAGUGGGCGUCCGAGGGGCUCCCCUCGGACGAGCUCUCGAUUCAGAACGGCAUCCUCACGACGCGCGCGUCGCGGUUCGCGCUGUGCAUCGACCCGCAGAUGCAAGCGGUGACGUGGAUCAAGCGCAGAGAGGGGAAAAACCUGGAAGGGAAGGUCAAGACGUUCAACGACUCGGACUUUUUGAAACAGCUCGAGCUCGCGGUGCAGUACGGUCUCCCUUUCCUGUUCGAGAACCUCGACGAGUACAUCGACCCGGUGAUCGAUCCGGUCCUAGAGAAGAACAUCAUCAUCAACCCGCAGAACGGGAGCAAGACGGUGAAGCUCGGGGACAAGGAAGUCGACUGGGACGACAACUUCAUGAUGUACCUCACGACGAAGCUCCCGAACCCGCACUACGGCCCGGAGAUCAGCGGGAAGACAAUGAUCAUCAAUUACUCCGUCACGCAAGAGGGUUUACAAGACCAGCUGCUGAACGCGACGGUGCGGUACGAGCGCCCCGAUCUCGAAGAAGAGCGCGAGCGCCUCGUGAAGGAAGUGAGCGAGUCCAAGACGCUCCUCAGCCGCCUCGAGGACACGCUCCUGAAGGAGCUCUCGUCCGCGACUGGGAACAUUCUCGACAACGAGGAGCUCAUUCAGACGCUCGAGGACACGAAGAUCAAAGCCGUCGAGAUCGCGGCGAACCUGAAAGCCGCGAUCGUGACGUCCGAGGAGAUCAACACCACGCGCGUGCGGUACACCCCAGUCGCGAAGCGCGGCAGCAUCUUGUUCUUCAUCAUGUCCGGCCUCAGCGUCGUGAACAACAUGUACGAAAACUCGCUCGCGAUGUACCUCGAGGUGUUCAACCUGACGUUGGACACGUCGAAGAAGGACAGCACCCUGGACGGCCGCCUUCGGAACGUCGUCGAGGCGUUGACUUUUGAUGUGUACAACUUCACGUGCCUCGGUCUGUUCGAACGCCACAAGCUCAUGUUCUCGAUGCAGAUGUGCAUUAAAAUCGAGGAGGGCGAGGGGCGGCUGAACCGCGAGCAGCUCGACUUUUUCUUGAAGGGGAACCUGAGCUUGGAGAAGUCCAAGCGGAAGAAACCGUACGAGUGGUGGCCGGAACAAGGCUGGGAGGAUCUCAUGCGCCUCAUCAAGCUCGGCUCCGAGGACGAAGAGAGCAGCCAGGGCGGAAGCACCCCCGAGGGCGGCACGCCCGAGGCAGGGACCCCCGCGGAGGGCAGCCCGGCGAAGAGCCAGAAGAGCGCCGGCGAGGACGACGCGCCCGCCGCGGAGGAGCCCGCCGCCGAGGAGCUGGAAGCCGAUCCCGAGGCGGACGCCGCAGCCGCGGAAGAGGACGGCGGCGAAGAUUGGAAGGCGUGGUACGACCUCGAAGCCCCCGAGCAAUCGCCGAUGCCCGGCGGGUUUUCGGACACGCUCGACAUCUUCGAGCAGAUGCUCUUGCUUCGAUGCGUCCGCGUAGAUCGCAUCACCGUCGCGGUGACGCGGUACGUCAUCUCUCGCAUGGGCGAGAAGUACGUCCAGCCCCCGAACUUGGACUACCCGAGGAUCUACUCCAUGUCCAACGCGCUCACGCCCGUGGUGUUCGUGCUCUCGCCCGGCGCGGACCCGGCGUUCGACGUCUUCCGUCUCGGCGAAGAUUUGGGAUACCGCCCGGGGGCUAAGCUCAAGUACAUGGCGCUCGGUCAGGGCAUGGGUCCGAAGGCGGCGGAGAUGCUCGAGAUGGGAAGCACGCGCGGGCUGUGGGUGAUGUUGCAGAACUGCCACCUCCUCCCAAGCUGGCUGAAAACGCUCGAGAAAAUCCUAGAGAAGAUCACGAAGCCCAACAAAGACUUCCGGCUUUGGUUGACGACGGACCCGACGGAUCGGUUCCCGCUCGGGAUCCUUCAGCGCUCGCUGAAGGUCGUCACGGAGCCUCCGAACGGUUUGAAGCUGAACAUCCGCGCGUCGUACGCGAAAAUCACGGAGGAGAACCUCGCGGACUGCCCGCACCACGGGUUCCGUCCGCUGACGUACGUUCUCGCGUUUUUCCACGCCAUCGUGCAAGAGCGACGCAAGUACGGCAAACUCGGUUGGAACGUCGCGUACGACUUCAACGAGACGGACUUUCGAAUCUCGCACUUGCUCAUCAACACGUACCUCACGAAGGCGUUCGACAACAAGGACGACGUGUUACCGUGGGGGACGUUGCGGUACCUCAUCGGCGAGGCGAUGUACGGCGGGCGCGUCUCGGACUCGUUCGAUCGGAGGAUUUUGACGACGUACCUGAACGAGUACCUCGGCGACUUCCUCUUCGACACGUUUCAGCCGUUCCACUUUUACCAAAACGAAGACGUCGACUACGUCAUCCCCGAACACGGCCCGCGGGAUAACUACACGAGGAUGAUCGACAAGCUCCCGCUCGUGCAGACCCCGGAGGCGUUCGGGCUCCACGGGAACGCGGACAUCUCGUACUACACCAACGCGACGAAAGAGCUCUGGACCAACUUGGUCGACCUCCAGCCGAGGGUCGCGGGGAAGAGCGGCGGUAUCAGCCGCGAGGACUUCAUCGCGCAAGUCGCCGCGGACGUCUUGAGUAAGAUACCCCCGCCGUUCGACAUGCCGGUCAUCAAGAAGAAGAUUGGGAUCCCGUCCCCGACGCAAGUCGUGCUCCUUCAAGAGCUCGCGAGGUAUAACCUCCUCGUCCUGAAGAUGCUGUCCACGCUGAAGAGCCUUCAGAAGGCGCUCUCCGGCGAGAUCGGCAUGUCCGGCGACUUGGACCUCCUCGCGACCGCGCUGUUCAACGGCACCCUUCCCGCGGUGUGGGCGAAGAUGACCGCGGCGACAGAGAAGAAGCUCGGAAGCUGGAUGAUGUGGUUCGAGAGAAGGUUCGCGCAGUACACGGAUUGGGUCGAGAACGGCGAGCCCGCGGUGAUGUGGCUCUCGGGGUUGCACAUUCCCGAGACGUACACCGCGGCGCUCGUGCAGACCGCGUGCAGGGAUAAAGGGUGGCCGCUGGAUAAGUCCACGCUGUACACGAAAGUGACGCAGUACACGGACGCGUCGCAAAUCACGGAACGCAUGCCGCACGGGGCGUACGUCCAAGGUUUGUACCUCGAAGGCGCGUCGUGGGAUUUGGAGAAGAGCAUCCUGAGGCGGCAAGACCCUAAGGUGCUCGUCACCGAGCUGCCUAUUCUUCAGGUCAUCCCGAUCGAAGCGUCGAAGUUGAAGCUGCAGAGCACGUUCAAGACGCCGGUGUACGUGACGCAGAGCCGGCGAAACGCGAUGGGCGUCGGGCUCGUGUUUGAGGCGGAUUUGUCCACGGAAGAGCACGGAAGUCAUUGGGUCCUUCAGGGCGUCGCGUUGUCGCUGAAUAUUGAUCAAUAACUCGCGCGGGGGUGUGAAACCGCGCGCGAUAGAACUACUAGUAGGAAAUUUAGGUGUAACAACACAAUCGAUUGCAC